AAGAAAAGGUAAAUUAGGAGUGGGAAGAGAGAGAAAGAAACGGGCACUUUAUAGUAAUAAUAAAUCCUUUGGACGCUUUCACCCUUCAUUCAAUGCUUUACCAAACUUCCUAUCCUCUUCUCUUUCAAUUUCAUCCUCUGCAUUCUUCUUCCACCACCAUUCCUCUCUCAACCAUAUCACCACAAAAACUUUCUCUCUUUUCUCAUCUUCCUCAUCCUCACUCACAGGUUUCAAAAACGGUAAUGGAGUGCGUUGUUGAAACAGCGUUGAAAACCAGUUUAAGGAAAGACAUAACUCCUCAAACAUUUGUUGAUGAAAUUUCAGCACUCAAUGCUCAAAAUGGAACAACUUCUGAUGAUUUUUUCGUUGACGACCUCCUUGACUUUUCUCACGUUGAAGAACAACAACAACAACAAGAACAAGAGGAACAACACCAACAACAGCAAGAACACUCUCUUUGUCUCUCCCUCAAACAAAACCAUGAAACUUCAAACCCUAACACCACUUUCUCUCUCAAAGAAGAUUAUUCUUCUCUACCCACCAACGACCUUAAUGUUCCGAGUGACGAUGUAGCGGAUUUGGAAUGGCUUUCGCAUUUCGUUGAAGAUUCUGAUUCCUUCUCUGGAAUGGCUUUAACAACAACAACGGAGAAAAACCCUAAAAGCUUUGUUGUGUUUGAAGAGCCUAAGCCGAAACAAGAAAACUCAGUUUUUACUACUUUCAAAACACCGGUUCAGACCAAAGCUAGGAGCAAAAGAGCCAGAACCGGUGUUAGGGUUUGGCCAUUCGGGUCAACCGAUUCUUCUUCAAGCUCAACCACCACCACAACUUCAUCUUCAACCUCUUCAUCUCCAACCAGUCCCUUGAUGAUUUACACCAACAUGCUUCAAGUUCAAAGUUUUGACUCGGUUAAGGUAAAGAAACCGAAGAAAAUAGCUUCUUCUAACGGGUCGGGUCAUGUUGGUGCGGUGGUUAUGGCGGCGCCGCCGCGACGAUGCAGUCAUUGUGGUGUAACAAAGACUCCACAGUGGAGAAGUGGACCCCUUGGAGCAAAAACACUUUGCAAUGCAUGUGGGGUCCGUUUCAAAUCGGGUCGGUUACUGCCAGAAUAUCGACCCGCUUGUAGCCCUACAUUUUCAAGCGAAUUGCACUCAAACCACCACCGGAAAGUUCUUGAAAUGCGGCGGAAGAAGGAGGUUGUUGGUGGUGUUGAAAUUGAAGUUGAAACUGGUUUGUCCCGUUCUCCGGUUGUUCCUAGUUUUUGAUUAAUUAUUAUUUAAUUAAUUAAAUUUAUGAAGAAAAACAGAGGUUUAAGAAAAAAAUUAGAUAAAAAUGGUAGUGCAGAUUUUAGACCCGGUUCAAUCGGACCCGAGUUAGUGUACACAUUUUUUUCUUCCUUGUAUUGAGUGCGGUAGGUUAGGUUAAUUAGGCUUUUGUAACUGUUUAGGAGACUUUAAUUUGAUAUAUGCAUUAUGCUUAUGCAAGUCCUUUUUAUUAGUAUUA